UGGGCGCUCACCUGCGCGCUCGGCUUCCGCAGGAAGGAGGAAGCGGCGCCGCUGUCACCUCCCUGGUCCGCGGGCCGCCACCAUGUCCGCCUCGGCCGUCUUUAUCCUGGACGUAAAGGGCAAGCCCCUGAUCAGCCGCAACUACAAGGGUGACAUCGCCAUGAGCGAGAUUGAGUAUUUCAUGCCGCUCCUCAUGCAGAGGGAGGAAGAGGGUGCGCUGGCACCCCUGCUGAGCCACGGCAGAGUGCACUUCCUGUGGAUCAAGCACAGCAACCUCUACCUGGUGGCGACCACCCUGAAGAAUGCCAACGCAUCGCUGGUCUACUCCUUCCUGUACAAGACGGUGGAGGUGUUCUCCGAGUACUUUAAGGAGCUAGAGGAGGAGAGCAUCCGGGAUAACUUUGUCAUCGUGUACGAGCUGCUGGAUGAGCUCAUGGAUUUCGGCUUCCCGCAGACCACCGACAGCAAAAUCCUGCAGGAGUACAUCACGCAGCAGGGCAACAAACUGGAGACUGGCAAAUCUCGGGUGCCUUCUACCGUGACUAAUGCUGUGUCGUGGCGCUCCGAAGGCCUCAAGUACAAGAAGAACGAGGUCUUCAUCGAUGUCAUCGAGUCAGUCAACCUGCUGGUCAAUGCCAAUGGCAGCGUCCUGCUAAGCGAGAUCGUGGGCACCAUCAAGCUCAAGGUGUUUUUGUCCGGGAUGCCGGAGCUGCGGCUGGGCCUUAAUGACCGUGUGCUCUUCGAACUCACUGGCCUUUCAGGGAGUAAGAACAAGUCCGUGGAGCUGGAGGACGUCAAGUUCCACCAGUGCGUGCGGCUGUCGCGCUUCGACAAUGACCGCACUAUCUCCUUCAUCCCGCCCGACGGUGACUUCGAGCUCAUGUCCUACCGCCUCAGCACCCAGGUCAAGCCUCUGAUCUGGAUCGAGUCGGUCAUUGAGAAAUUCUCACACAGCCGCGUGGAGAUCAUGGUGAAGGCCAAGGGCCAGUUUAAGAAGCAGUCAGUGGCCAACGGCGUGGAGAUCUGCGUGCCGGUGCCCAGUGACGCCGACUCUCCGCGCUUUAAGACCAGUGUGGGCAGCGCUAAGUACGUGCCGGAGAAGAACGUGGUGAUCUGGAGUAUCAAGUCUUUCCCGGGGGGCAAGGAGUACCUGAUGCGUGCCCACUUUGGCCUGCCCAGCGUGGAGAAGGAGGAGGUGGAGGGCCGGCCCCCCAUUGGGGUCAAGUUUGAGAUCCCCUAUUUCACCGUCUCUGGAAUCCAGGUGCGGUACAUGAAGAUCAUUGAGAAGAGUGGGUACCAGGCACUGCCCUGGGUGCGAUACAUCACCCAGAGCGGGGAUUAUCAACUUCGAACCACCUAGGAGGGUGGAGAGAAGGGUCUGGAGACUGGCGCCCUCUCCCUAGGCACUUCCAGGCCACCGACAGGAGAGAGGAUGGGGUGCCCUUGGGAGGGGCACCCGGACUGUGCAGCUCAUGUUCUCCAGCUGUUUCAUUCCGCUCAGAGACCAGGACGAGGCGGGUGUUCCCGUGAUUCUCCGGGCACCCCCUGUUGUAUAUGAAGUAUAG